UUCUGAAGUCUAGAAGUGUGUUUGUGAAUUGUUAGUGCAAAAUAUAAUAUUUCUGAUGUGCUUGCAAAAUUUAUUAGGGAAUUAAAUAAAGAACAGCAUUUUUUGACCAUAUCUUUUGUUUUCGUUUGUUAGUAAAUAAUGUUAAAUAUAAAACACUAUGGUAGUAGUUCAGAAGAUGAAUCAGACAAUGAAACAGAAACAAAUCAAAAACAUAGCAACGAGACACUGUUGACACACUUAAAACCUGUUGCUCCCGAUUUAUCUAUUGCUAAAAAGAUGCAAAUAUGCGCAGCCCCUUCAGUUGUACCUACGCUUAACGAAGACACGAGAGUCCUUCUACAUCAUAAUCAAGAAUUAACGCAUAAUCCAAAAUUUGAGGAAUUAUAUGCCCCAACAUAUGGUCCGGAAAAUCCAUUUCAGACACAACAAAUGAAAGCAACCAGAAACAUUCUAUCUGGUUAUGUAGAGAAGGCCCACAUUAGUGAAUUUCAGUUUGAGAACCAAAGAAGGACAUUUACUAGUUACGGUUUUGCUGUGGAUCCAUCCACAGAACCUAUUGUUGAUGAAAAGGGAGAUUCCAUUGUUGUAUCAGAGAUGGUACCUCUACCAGAUGAAGCAGCUGGUAAAACAGUAUUUGAGACCAUAAAGAAGAGACCUUUAGAUAAAAAGAAAAGAAAAAAAAAUGACAAUCCUGAAGAUGUAACUGGUUUCCUAGGACCUUGGGGAGGGUAUGAGGGUGAACAGAGAGUAAUGAAACCAGAAGGAGAUGAUGCGAAAGAGCUUGAAGAGAUCCUGGCAAAGAGACAGAAGAAAGGCAAGGUUGAUGAUGAUAAACCCUUGGAAGAGAAAUCUAUAUUCCACAUUGACAAAGCGACAGACUACCAAGGUCGAUCCUGGAUUGAGGCUCCUAGGAGUGAGACUCACUUACGAAGUGAUACACCACCGGAUAAAUGUUUCCUACCGAAAGCGCACGUGUUCACGUGGCGCGGCCACAGCAAGGGCGUGUGCGCGGUGCGCUGGUCGCCGCUCACGGCGCACCUCAUGCUGUCCGCCGGCAUGGACUGCCGGGUCAAGAUCUGGGAGGUGUAUGGAGAGCGACGCUGCAUACGAACGUACUUCGGUCACAGGCAGGCCGUCAGAGAUAUUAAUUUCAAUAAUUCUGGCGAUAGGUUUUUAUCUGCGGCUUACGACCGCUAUAUAAAGCUGUGGGACACCGAGACGGGCGAGUGCGUGUCCCGGUUCACGUCGCGGAAGGUCCCGUACUGCGCCAAGUUCAACCCGGACGAGGACAAACAGCAUCUGUUCGUUGCCGGCACCUCCGACAAGAAGAUUAUAUGUUGGGACACUCGUACCGGGGAGAUAGUGCAGGAGUACGACCGGCACCUGGGCGCGGUCAACACCAUCACCUUCGUGGACGACAACCGGCGCUUCGUCACCACCUCCGACGACAAGAGUCUGCGCGUGUGGGAGUGGGACAUCCCCGUGGACAUGAAGUACAUCGCGGACCCGUCCAUGCACUCGCUGCCGGCCGUGGCGGCGGCGCCCAACGCCAAGUGGCUGGCGUGCCAGUCCAUGGACAACAAGAUCGUCGUGUUCAGCGCGCUCAACCGGUUCAAGCUCAACCGCCGCAAGACCUUCACCGGGCACAUGGUCGCCGGGUACGCCUGCGCGCCGGACUUCUCGCCCGACAUGAGUUAUCUCGUGUCAGGCGACGCCGACGGCAAGUGCUACAUAUGGGACUGGAAGACUACGAAGCUGUACAAGAAGUGGAAGGCUCACGACGGAGUGUGUAUCACGUCGCUAUGGCACCCGCACGAGCCCAGCCGCCUGCUCACCGCGGGCUGGGACGGUCUCAUCAAAUACUGGGAUUAAAUGAUAACAACAAAUACGA